AGUUGCUCUGGAUAAGAGCGCUUGCUAAGUAAAUGAAGAAAAUGAAUUCAAAUUGUAACUCGGAAUGGCUUUGGAUCUAUUUAUUUAUUUAGCCUGAUUGGCAAGUUGUCACAACCACACGAAGAUCGUCUAUAGCAUAGACCGUAUAAAUAUAGGUUAUUAGGCGUGGAUUAGUGACGAGACGUAAAAUAAUUUUGUGUUGGGGUAAAACAUUCAAUUGCCGUCCCCUUCCAUGAGGGUUUUUUUAAUGCCAUCUGGUGGUUUGGUGUGUAAUCCACAGUCGUUUAAACACCAAUAUUUCAGAUGUUCCUGCCCCCAACACAACAGUCGAUGGCAAGGAAACGCCGGCAAAAUGUCGUACGCCCGUGUAAUUCAUUAUGCCACUAGUAUCUUAUGUUGCAAUAAAGGGUCGAUGGAUUUUUUGCAGCUUCACAGAAAGGUUUUCCAGCGUUUCGAGAUCACCGAGGACGAUUUCUGGUACAUUGUGAGAAAAUGUCCACGGUUUGCCGUCGUGAAAAACACAAGCGACAGGACCUCUGAAGAGUGGAGUUCGGACUACAUGAUUGUUGCGAAAACAUCCCUUCGGAUCUGCAAAAACUACACGAAAUACGAAUGCUCCGACUGCCAGGAGCUCCAUUUGUGCAAAUAUUUUGUUUAUGGAAACUGUAGAUAUGGAAAAGGAAGGAAACAGUGUAAAUUCUCACACAAUGUCCGAUCGGAGCACAACUACCCCCUUCUGCGGGAAUGUACGCUCCACGAACUUCACGAAGACGACCUCUUCCUCCUGCUGCUGCAGAACGACCCGACUCUACUCCCGGAGGUGUGCUCGCAUUACAACAAAGGGGCGGGACCGUACGGGGCUUGCACGUUCAAAGCCGGCUGCACCAAGCUGCACAUGUGCCAGCACUUCAUCCAGGACAACUGCAUGUUUGGCCACAAGUGCAAGAGGCUGCACAUGAUUGACGAGUACGGCCGCCGCAUGCUUGAGGAGAGGGGGCUGAGCGGUGACAUCAUCCACGACCUGCCGUUCAUCUACAAGAACGUGUUCAGGCUGACGGCUCCGCCCUACACCAGCAGAGAGGGGAUCGCCGAGCCGGUGGUGAGACCCGCGGUGCAAAGCGAAGAGAGGAGCGAGAUCUGCCUGCAUUUCUUAAGGAGGAACUGUCGCUUCCAGGACCAGUGCAUUCGCAUCCACUUCAACCUGCCCUACAAAUGGGAGGUGUUUGAUGGGGAGUGCUGGAGGGAUCUGAGGCGCAUGGAGGAGAUAGAGAGGGCCUACUGUGACCCCCGAAACACACACAGCCCUGGCUCCAGGCCAGUGGACUUCCUGUCCAUGACCCGGGACUCUGACCCGGUCCGGCGGCUCUCCACCGCCUCCUCCGUCACCAAACCCUCCCACUACAUCCUCACCACCGAGUGGCUGUGGUACUACAAGGGAGACCACGAGAACUGGAUAGAGUACGGCAGGCCGGACGAUAAGCAGCGGGUGACCUCGGUCUCGUCGCGCGAGCUGGAGGCGGCGUUCCUGACUGACAGCACCGCGGAGGUCACCGUCAUGAAGGGCCACAGGCAGUACUUCCUGAGUUUCCAAGACAUGUACCAGCGCAACCCGAAGCACAACACGAAGCGCAGGGUGAGAAGACGGCCGCGCUUUGUGUCCAUAACGGAGGUGGAGAAUAAGAUUGCACGGUAAACACUGGGAGGAGGAGGAGGAGGAAGGGGGGGGGGAAGCUGAGAAUUCUGGGAGUCGGAGUCCCUCUGGGUACGUCUCGGUUGCUUGGGGAAACGCUCACUCUCACUCUCUCUCUCUCACACACACACACACACCCUACACACACACACAGUCUGUAACACCUGCCUCAGUCCUUCCCUGGCAGUGACGUCGGAUCGUCUCACACGCACAGAUAUUUAUACAUGUAGAUGCUGACUGCUGUCAUCUCCUGAAGCUGAGAGGCCUGUUUGUGAGACAGAAGCGGAGGUCUAAUGAUUUUUUUUAAUGAAGUGAAAGCUGAUUUUUAGAAGAGGACAAGGCUGUUGUUUCGCCCAGUUAUACAGUACAAUGUAGACUCUUGCGUUUUUUUUAAUCCCUUAACGUCACUUUUGAUGUGUCAGACAAAUAAGUAUGUGCUGAACAAAGAUGAUGAACAACACAACGAUUUUGGCUGAGAGAGAUUAACACAAACACAGACAUUGGACCAUGACGCAACAUAAGUCUGUGUUAUUCAGCGAGAUCCAUAAAGGUUAUUUGCCAUUGGAAUGUGAUUGUAAUCGUUGUUUCUGACAUGUUCUAGUGAACACAUAUUUAGUCAAGUCCGUAUUUCUCCUCGUACAUAUUUGGUUACUUGAUGAUGAGCUUGGAUUCCACUGGGGAGAAACAAUGGGUCAGAAACCGAAAAUAUAUAUUCUCAAUAAAUACAGUGACUACAGAUGUAAGAACUGAAUUAAAUUGCUAUGUGUGUUCUGAUCAGAAAACUAUCAGCAAGUAAUUGAAUUCAUUAUAAAGCUACUAUCUUUACCUCUGGAAAUUAACACAAACUCUUCAUGUUAUUCAGUUGUUAUUCAUAUUAUUUCGCUGAAUCUAUUAAGCUAACAACACAAAUAUACUGUAUGCUGUACCUUAAAUGUAGAUCAAAUAGAUUAAAUGUUGUAUCAGACAUAUUGUAUUAUAAUUGUAAUACUAUUUUAUAUACAACGGUUAUUGAGGUCAUAGUCGUAGCAGGAUUAAUAGGAAUCAGUGCUGUUAUUGUGCUUCUUUUUUUCCUCUACGAAGAACAGAGCAGCAGCUCAGCAAAAAAUCUUCACUAAGUGCUUGAGCUCUAAGAUACUGAUCCAGGGUCAGCUGCUAAGUGUGGCUAUACUCUAGCUGUGCUAGACACUGAUCCUGGGUCAGUGAGACGUGGUUGUGAGGUCACAAACACCAGUCGGCCCUGUGCUAGCGUGUCUUCAUGAAACCAAAAAAAAUGGGCGGAUCUAUUGCAUGCUCGACUCACAGAUUUGAACCAAUCAUUGUUCUUUUUUGUGGAGAGCGAAUUAAAAAAAACAUUUUGAUUAAGAACUCUGGCAAAAAGUUCCUAAAUUAGUUAAUAACAUUAGGUCUUUAAAUAUGUAAGGACAGGAACAGGCCAUUUAGGCCAAGUAGGCUCAUCAUUUGAUUGGUCUAGGAAAGUCAGUGAUUGACAGCUGUUUGUUGCUCCACCCACCCUCGCUGUGCUGCUUCUGUCCUCAAAUCCUUGCCCCCCCCAACCGUCGCCGUCCUGCUUCCCGUGCGGUUUAAAUUUUUAUUUUAAUUUGCUGAAAAUGCAUUUGACUGUGCAGACCUUUGUAAUGGACUCCAGGAAGGCAGCAAUAAACUGUGCUCCUCAA